UCUAAACAGGAAAGGUAUACAAAAGUUUUGCAUGACCCCUCCGGCAAAAACGACAAGCAAAUGAUAGCGCGUUGACUGUUUUAGCAUGCCGGUCUAGAUUUCAUUACCAACUCUUCGUUUUCAUCACAAGAAUUUAAAUUCAGGAUUUACAGAGCGAAUAAGCUUGCGACUGAUUGGAUUCUACAUCAAAUCCUGUAAGCUACGGUUACUAUAAAUAACACAUGCAUGAACCUUUGAUUUCACACAUCCUGCCACAGCCAACUUUUGUUCUAGCAUUGUUUUCAUAAGUUGUUGGACUAUGGCUAACAGUAAAAUUAUUAUAGCUUCGGUCCUGAUUAGUUUUCUCUUCCUUGUAGCAGUGCUCCCUUACGCAUCCAAUGCAAAAUCUCUGAAAUCUUGUGGGUUUGAUGCAAUUUAUCAGCUUGGUGAUUCGAUAUCGGACACUGGCAAUUUCAUCCAGGAGAAACCUUCAUCUGUGUAUGCUAGGUUUCCUUAUGGCGAAACUUUUUUCAACAAACCUACCGGCAGAUGCUCAAAUGGGAGGCUGAUGAUUGAUUUUAUCGCAAGUUCAGCAGGUGUUCCAUUUCUUGAUGCUCACUUGAAUCCAAAUGGAACAUUCACUCGCGGCCAUGGAGUGAAUUUUGCAGUUGCUAGCUCGACUGCCUUGCCAGCAGAUAUUCUAUCGAAAAAGAACAUCUUUCCUCCUACUCAUAGUUCUCUUAGUGUACAACUUGACUGGAUGUUCUCUUAUUUCAAUUCAAUUUGUUUCAAUGAGCAAGAUUGUGCUGAAAAACUUAAAAACUCCCUCUUCAUGGUCGGAGAGAUUGGAGUCAAUGACUAUACCUAUGCUUUUUUCCAAGGCAAAAUCAUGGAGGAGGUAAAAAACAUGGUGCCUGAUGUUGUUCAAGCCAUCAAAGAUGCCGUGACGAGAGUUAUUGGUUAUGGCGCUAGACGCGUGGUUGUCCCUGGAAAUGUCCCAAUAGGUUGUUUUCCAAUCUAUCUUACUGGAUUUCAGACCAACAAUACCGAUGCCUACGACAAAUUUCACUGCCUGAAAGGACUUAACAACCUCUCUGCUUCCCACAAUGAUCAUCUCCAACAAGCCAUAGAAGAAUUGAAGAAGGAAAACCCUAAUGUGCUCAUUGCAUAUGCUGAUUAUUACAACGCAUUCCAAUGGAUUCUUACCAAAGCUCCAAACCUUGGUUUUGAUGCCAAAUCUGUUCAGAAGGCUUGUUGUGGGACUGGCGGUGAUUAUGGUUUCAAUGCCUUGAAAAUGUGUGGAACUCCUGGUGUGCCAGUUUGCCCCGAACCUGAUCGGUAUAUCAGCUGGGACGGAGUUCAGUUGACCGAAAAGGCAUACCAAUACAUGGCAUUGUGGAUCAUUGAUGACAUCUUACCAAAGCUUCAAUGCCCUGCCUGAUUCUAUGAAGUUUUUUUU